GCCAUUAAUUCCGCUCCGAGCUUUCUACGCUCUCUCUCUCUCUCCCUCCCACUUUCCUCUCGUGCGCACUAAUUCCUCUCUGCAGUUUGUCUUUCUCCUGUCUUUGCGAUCUCUGUUGCUUCCUGGUUCUCUUUGCGACCACUCUUUCUCUUCUCUCUCAUUCUCUCUGACCUCCUUUUAUCAUUUCAUUUGCUGAUCAUCUUUGUAUCUCUGUGUUUCCUUCCCUCCCGAAGCCUAAAACCCCUCAAGCUUCUAUUACAAUUUCUCUCACUACAGUCUGCCGCUCUACCUCCUGUCCUUCUCUCCACAUUUUCUGCUACCACCAUUUUUCCUCCUCCACAUUUUUGCUCCCCAUCUCUGCAACGAAGGAGAAAAGCAUGAUGUGGGUGUCGAACACUAUCGUCUCUCUCCUCUUGUACCUCGCCUUCUUACUUUCCCUCUCGACGCUUUCUCUCUCUACAGAGCCGAGCCAUGUACUCAAGACCACCACUCUCGACGUCGCCGCCGCGCUCUCCGCCACCCGCCAGGUGCUGUCCUCCUCCUCCGUCCGCCGGUCCUUCUCCUCCUCCCUCCGCUCCUUCGCCGCCGCCUCCUCCGGAAUCGCGCUCGAGCUCCGCCCGAGGGAGUCUCUCAAACCCUCCGGCCACAGGGACUACAAGGCCCUGACCCUCAACCGCCUCAAACGAGACAUUGCCCGAGUCCAGUCGCUAAACGCGCGUCUCGCAUUCCAUCUGAAGGGCGUCGGCAAUGCUGAUUUCAAGCCGGAGGGGCGAGAAGGAUUCGUCUCGGCGGAGGAACUCCAGGGCCGGGUCAUCUCCGGCCUGAACCACGGCAGCGGCGAGUACUUCUCCCGUGUCGGAAUCGGCAGUCCGGCGAGGCCGCUCUACGUCACGCUGGACACCGGCAGCGACAUCACCUGGGUGCAGUGCCAGCCCUGCUCCGACUGCUACGAGCAGGUCGAUCCGGUCUUCGAUCCGGCUGGGUCGACGACGUACGCGCCGGUGGCAUGUAACUCGUCCCAUUGCCAGUCGCUGGACGUAUCGGCGUGCCGAGACGGCGUCUGCCAGUACCAGGUCAACUAUGGGGACGGGUCUUACACAGUGGGGAACCUCGCCAGGGACACGCUCACGUUCGGACCUGGGCUCUACGCUAGAGGGAUCACGCUGGGCUGCGGCCACGACAACUACGGGCUGUUCCGGGGCGCGGCCGGGCUGUUUGGGCUCGGGCGCGGCCCUCUUUCCUUCCCCAGCCAGCUCUCGGCCUCGCUCUUCUCCUACUGCCUGGUUGACCGCGACUCGGACUCGGUCGGCAUGGUCAUGUUUGGGCGCGGCUCGCUCCAGGACCCCGACUCGCUCCGGGUGCCAUUGCUCCGCAACGGGAAGAUGCCAUCGUUUUACUACGUGGGCCUCUCGGGCAUCUCCGUCGGUGGGUCCCGCCUCGCCAUCCAGCCGUCCGCUUUCCAGAUGGACGGCAACGGCACCGGCGGAGCCAUCGUGGACACCGGCACCGCCGUAACCCGGCUGCCCGUCUCGGUCUACCAGGCGCUCCGAGACGCCUUCACCCGGGCCACCACGCACCUCCCCCAGGCCACCGGCGUCUCGCUCUUCGACACGUGCUACAACCUCUCCUCCCUGAGCAAGGUGGACGUCGCGACGGUCGAGUUCCACUUCGACUCCGGCGAGUCGCUGCAGUUCCCGGCGAAGAACUACCUCGUGCCGACCGACUCGGCCGGGACGUUCUGUCUCGCCUUCGCGACGUCGUCGGUGGCGUCGGGGCUCACGAUCAUCGGCAACGUGCAGCAGCAGGGGAUGCUGGUCUCCUUCGAUUCCGCCAAUUCCCUCGUUGGUUUCUCUCCCGACAGGUGCUAGGGUAGUGUGAAACCGAUACGAUACGAUGUGAACCGGGCGAAAUCAAAACCGGCUGCUGCAUAUUAAGUGUAUAAUUUUUAGGAAAAUUGUCCUUUAAAAGCGGAAAUAUAAUCGAAAAUUCGUGUAAAAAAAUUUGGUAAGUGGGUUGAAAAUAUAUUUACUUUUUUAUUUUUAGAAAGGUAGGUGGGCUGUAAUUAGUUAAAGAUUUAAAUGAUAUUAAUUUUCGGUGGUUGAUCA